AAGCAGGGAGCUUUGGAGCUCUCUCCAGAUAUAUACUAAAAGGCGCACAUUUGGGCCACAUUCGGCUUGUUCACUCUCCGGUUUAGGAGCGAUGAAACUGUACAGAGCCACGACAGUCUUUUUGAUUUCAGCGCUAGCCUGGACACGAUGCAUGUCCGGUGGCGGAACCAAGAUACAAGGCGCGCUUCCCCAGCAAACCAUGGAUUUCGGUGAUCUCCUCCUCCCGGCUACCAAUGACCGAAUACCGGAGGAAAAACUUAGAGAAAUGAGAAAUGCCAGCCGUGUAGUCUUGCCUGCACCAUGCGCUAAGGUCGAAGCAUACUCUGGAUUCAUUCCUGUGGACACAGCCAAUGCCUCCACGCAUUCUACGUACUUGUUCUUCUUACACCUCAAGUCACAGGCGAACUCUAACAUGAAGCCUCUUCUGUUGUGGUUGCAAGGAGGUCCCGGAAUGUCUGGUCUAUUUGGCCAGUUCCUAGAAAAUGGCCCCCUGGGAAUCGAUGCUGGCGGAACAUUGUACCGUAGGAGGCACAGUCUGCUGUCGAAAUUCAACAUCAUCUACUUGGACGCUCCUGUAGGAUCGGGAUACAGUUUCGAUAAAACGGGCAAAUAUCCUACCACGCUCGAGGAAGCCGCUGUGCACACCGUCAGAUUCCUGAGGAGGUUUUUGCGAAUUUUUCCCGAGUACAAGGGAAGGGAGUUCUUCGCCGCUGGAGAAUCUUACGGAGCAAGGUCAGCAAUCGGUGUGGCACAUGAACUGCUGACGCGACCCCCGCCGGAGUUGCAUUUGCGCUUGAAAGGAGUGAUGCUGGGCGUGGGUUUUGUCUUCCCGCUUUUAGAAAUCAUCAACUCAGCCGAUUACCUCUACUGCUCAGGCCUGCUAGACGAACACGGUCGCACUACGUUCACUCGGCAGUUUCAGAAAAUACAAGGUUUGGUCAGUGCAGGAAACGUUACCGCGGCUGCGGGACUGCUGGGCCAAACAGUUCUCAACAUUCAUCCGGGCGGAACGAAGAGCUUGUUCGAGGAACUGACGGGGUUCCAGCACCACGGAAGCGUAGUAAGAUUUCGGACAUCAAGAGAGUCUGAGCAGUACAUGCAAUACGCCAACAGCCCGGAGUUCAAGAACUUGAUUCACGUUGCUCCCUCUAGAACCCUCGGCGCGACGAGAUCACAAGUUGCAAUGAGCUUGGCCGUCGGAGACUUCUUCGUUGACAAGACGCAAACAUUAGUGGACGUGCUUAACCGAGUUCACGUCCUCUUUUACACAGCGCAACUGGACGCCGUAUUUCCGGCCACUAACAUGGAACGUUCUUUCGGGAAAUUAGAGUGGCGAGGGUCAGCGAUGUUCAAGACAGCUGUUCGACGGCCUUGGUACAAAACAGGUAGUGCAAAUCGGGAACUCAUGGGUUACGAGAAAUUGGUAGGGGCCGUUAUGUACAGCACCGUACUCUUCGGUGGCCAUCUUGUGUCAUUCGAUCAAUCGGCUGCUGUGAGUGACAUGUACGGUCGGUUUUUACAUUUUACCGCUGUGGGGUCUGGGAAUGUGCCCGGCCAGAAAUGCGGCAACGGCAAGAUGCCUUGCUGAUCUGUUAGUAUUGUUUGAUAAGUUUCCUUACAAAUGACGAGUUUCUGGAACGCUUCGACUGUAACAAGAUAUUUGUGUGCGAAAUAAAUAUAUUUUUCUGAUA